AUGUCUGUGCCCUUCCUCAGUCGGCAGGAUGUCGAGAUCUGGGUGCCUGAGCCUGCGUCAUUCAAGGGUGGAGCCGGCUUUGUUGCCAAACUCUUCACAACAAUCGAUAGAGCAAUGGCCGCACUUGCCAGAACGCCCUCAAUGACCAAGGAUGCGGCGUAUCAAUGGUGCCGUAAUGAGUACGAGCGGUUCUUUCUCUGGGGCCAGGGCCUGUCGCUCGUUGACGGCCAUCUAGAUGAGGUCCUGCCCCAUUGCCGAGAACUUCGCUUCCGAGUUCUGUCACUUCUUCUACGUCUGGGGACGGGGGUCCUUCAAGGCCUGUCUCGAGAUCAAGAUCGCUCGUCACAGGCUCUGAAUGAGCAAUGUGACGAUCUCCGGACAAUAUUAGACCUGACCGGUACCAUGCUUCAGGAAUUGGAGCCCGAUCAAUCUGUCAGACCAUAUACGCGGUCUGAAUCUGAUGCCUCAGAAUACGAAGCGGCAGAUAUUUUGGAGGAAAUUUCCACGUAUAUUGAUUGUCUACUCGAUCUGUCCCCUUCUCUCGAUAAUCCAGCCUUGGAUAUCAUGGAGGAGGGUUUCGACGAACCUCCAACGCAGGCCCAAGAGUCCUUCAACGUACGCUCUGAAGAAGCCUUGUUAUACUGUCGAAGGAUCCGGGAUCGCUUUGAGGUUCUCCCGAAAUAUCUCGUGGAACGCCUAGCCGAAGCAAAUGUCCUCCGGGCAGCAAUUCUCCGCGAGAGGCGAUCUCAGCCUACCAAACAUGAAACUCCGAUCGACGACGAUAUCAGCGAAAACCUAUUCUCGACAACCGAUCACCGGGUCACUGAAACAACGAAAUCAACCGCCCCACCGUCAUCUGUCUUUUCUUCCGUCAUGGAGCCAAAGGCCUCGUUCUCUAGACAUGUACCUGAGCUUGGGAUCGAUGACAAUGUAUCAGAAGCUACCUUUGCUUCUUUCUCCACCACAGCAUCUGCAAUCAGCCUGGGCCGUCCACGAGUUCCCCCAAUGCCUGACACUCAAGAGGAAGGGUUCAAUUGCCCCAUCUGCUUCUCGCGUGUCACCGAUGUGAAGACUAGAAAAAAGUGGAAGCAACAUGUAUUUGACGAUCUGAAGCCUUAUGUAUGCAUCAUUGAAGGUUGUAAAGACUCAGCAACGCUGUACAAUCAUAGUGGAUUGUGGGCUCAACAUGUAGCCUCCCAUCCACUAUCGGCUUCGAUAUCAUCCGAGUGCUCUUUCUGUUCUGCUAUCUACCAAAAUGGAGGCCUCGCUUACUACAAACAUGUGUUGGCCCACCUCAGAGAAGUCUCGUUGUCUGUCCUGCCCCGGCCGGCUGAUGAUGAGGACGGUUUCAACACCGAAGAUAGCGACCUGCCAUCAUCUGCUCCUAAAUCUGAACGAAUAUAUCCGGCUACUAGUGCUGAUAAAGAGGCUGAACCUCAAGAACACCCAGCUGUUGGAGAGACGGAGUCGCAACAAUAUCAACGUCAGCCUCCUCUUUCACCAAUUUCCUCUGUCACCUCGUUGGAUCAAUCCCCAACUCGAGCUGCGCAUUAUCGCCUUGACUCUCCACCAGAGACUGAAGGCGCAGGCACAGAGGCAGAGCCUAAGCGAAAUACUGAUUCAAGUGCCACUGGCGAGAAAGAUGCUCCGAGCCCAGAAAUGACUAAAAGCGAUCCCGGAGCUGCACUGGCAGCCCUUGAAAGUGCGAGAAACCCAUACGAGGUCGAUUUAGACUCAAUCAUAGACCGCCUCUUGGCAGUCAGGGGCUCCAGGCCCGGGAAGAAAGUCCAACUCCUCGAGACAGAGAUACGAUACCUCUGCAACAAGGCCAGAGAGAUUUUUAUCACCCAGCCAAUGCUACUAGAAUUAGCAGCUCCGAUCACGGUCCACGGUGACAUUCAUGGACAGUAUUAUGAUCUUCUCCGAAGUUUCGAGUUCACCGGAUUUCCUCCUGAGGCAAAUCAUUUAUUCCUGGGUAAUUAUGUGGACCAUGGCAAACAGUCUUUGGAGGUAAUAUGCCUGAUCCUUGCAUAUAAGAUUAAGUAUCCCGAGCACUUCUUUGCUUUACGAGGAAAUCAUGAGUGUGCCGCGAUAAACCGGGUGCACGGCUUUUACGAUGAAUGUAGGACCCGAUAUAAUAUAAAACUGUGGAAAAUUUUCAACGAUGUGUUUAGUUAUAUGCCAAUUACGGCGAUCAUCGACGAAAAGAUACUCUGUAUGCACGGAGGGUUGAGUCCGGCUCUGGAAAGUUUGGAACAGGUUCGAUGUAUUAUGCGACCAACAGACAUACCUGAUUGUGGCCUCUUGUGUGACCUGCUCUGGAGCGAUCCCGACCAAGAUAUCAGUGGGUGGGGUGAAAAUGACCGGGGUCUUUCUUUUACCUUUGGGCCAGAUGUUGUAAGCCGCUUCUUACAAAAACACGACAUGGAUCUUAUUGUCCGAGGACACCAAGUUGUCCAAGACGGAUAUGAGUUUUUUGCGCAGCGACAGCUCGUUACGAUCUGGGGCGCACCAAACUAUAUGGGUGAAUAUGAUAACGCAGCAGCUCUGAUGUCUAUUGAUGAGUCUCUUAUGUGCUCAUUUCAGGACACCGCAGCGCUGAACCAGACGGUCGAGUCGAUCGCGAACAAAGAGGGCAGGCUCGAUGGCCUGAUCGCCGCAGCGGGGAGCCAGCAGGAGACCCCGGCGCUCGAGUACACGGCUGAAGAUGCGAAUCGCAUGUUUCCGAUCAGCCUGACGGGCGUGCUGAUGACAGCACAAGUGGUUGCGCGACAGAUCAUUCGGCUAGACUCCCAAUCUCCACCCCAGUCCCAAUCCCAACCGAUCCAAACCCGCAAGAAAAAGGCAGAAAGGCGGCUCCAUCGUCCUGAUUGCUUCCAUGUCCGGCACCGUGGCAAACCGCGGCCUCGCCUGCUCGGCCUACAACGCGUCCAAAGCCAGCAUCAUGCAGCUGACCCGCAACUUGGCCUCGGAAUGGGGCCCGCACUCCAUCCCUGUCAACUCGACCUCCCCCGGAUAUAUCCUGACGGAGAUGGUGCUGGAGCUGUUUGA